CCAGGGCUCAGCGCUUCUUCCAGCGGCCGAACCGGCAAGCCCUCGCGCCAUGGCGACGCUGGGGGUGCCCCGCGCCCCGGUCUUCGGGCGGCCCAUCUCCCCGGUGCUGGUGGUGCCCCCAGCCGGCUACGGCCAGAAGCUCUCGCAGAGCCGAGAGAGCUACGACCUGGGGAGGAUCUCGCUGCGCUACACCUACGAGGAGCUCAGCGAGGCGACGAAGAACUGGAGCAAAGGCCGACAGCUUGGCUCCGGGUCCUAUGGCGCGGUCUUCAAGGGCGAGAUGAAGGAUGGCAGCGAAGUGGCCGUCAAGAUGAUCGACCUUGGAGCUCUGGCGAAGACCGACCAGUCCGAGGACAUGGCCGGCUUUGACAAGGAAGUGGAGACGCUGAGCAAGUUCCGACACCCCAACCUGGUGACCUUGAUCGGCUGGGGCAAGCAUGAGAGGAAGCGCUACUUGGUCUACGAGCUGAUGACGGGUGGGGACAUCUACGACCGGCUGCUGAAGAGCCGGCGCCGUGAGAAUGCCGUGCCCUUCCAUUGGCACGAGCGCCUGAGCGCCUUGCUGGACGCUGCGGCGGGGCUGUCGCAUAUGCACAACUCCAAGCCCAAGGCCUUCCACCGGGACAUCAAGUCUGCCAACAUCUUGCUGGACAGGCACGGCACCGCGAAGAUGGCAGACUUCGGGCUGAGCUGCACCUCUUCGGGCCAGGGCUUGGGCGGCAGCCAGGUGAAGGUGAAGACCAUCAGCGGCACUCCGGGCUACGCCUGCCCCAUCUACGCGAGCACCGGGCAGGUGACCGAAUUCAGCGAGGUGUACUCCUUUGGCAUGGUGAUCCUGGAGGUGCUCACGUCCAUUCCCCCCGCCGCAGCGGACCAUUUGAAGCCGGGGGGCAUCGCUUAUCCCAUCGAGGAAAAGCUGAUGCCAGCACUGGACGGGGCUGUGGAUCGGUGUGUGAGGGCUGCGGAUCGGAGCGCCAGCUGGCCUGCCGGCCUCGGUGAGGAGCUGGCCACUUUGGGUGUCCGCUCAGUGAACCCCGCCGACGAGAGCAAGCGGCCCAAGUUUGUGGAGGUGGUGCGAACGCUUCGUGCUCUCACGGAGAAGUACCCUACGCCCACGAUGUCGCCCAUGGGACCCUCAAGCGUCGGAUCUCCAGGCGGCUAUGCCUCCUUUGCACCGAUCCCCGAAAACUCGGACACGGGCAGCAGCGGCAUCCACUCCACCCCCUACAUGCUGGAGCUGGUGUCGGCAGAUGGUGUGGAGGUGGAUCGCAUGCCGGCCCACCGACGCUCGCUGCACCUCUUCCCGACGCUUGGGGAGGUUGCUGGCCGCCUUACUGCGCCCGUUGGGCGCCAACACCAGCCAGACCUCUUCGAGUCCUGGCUGCCCAGCAACGAGCUGCGGAGCUGCAUUUCUCGCUGCGCCUUUGAGGUGAGCUGGAGCUGCCAAGAUGCCCAGAUCAUGGCGACAGGCAACAACCCGGUGGCGCUGAAUGGCCGCAUUCUCACCCGAGACAAGCCCAUGCCCCUGAGCGUUGGCGCGGAGGUCGGCUUCCCGUACUCGCAGAGUGGAGAGAUCGACCUCUUCCUGGUGCUGCGCUUCACCUUGGCCCUCCCCACGGCCCAGACCAACGCCGCCGCGGUGGCCCCCACCGCGGUGCUGGACUUUGCCGAGGACAGCGCUCCGGUGGCCAGCGCCCUCUGGGCGCUGCGCUGCUCCUUCGUGGAAGGCCUCGGGGAGGAGCUUCCGACGCUGCCCGCCGCGGUGAGAGAGUUCAUCGUGGACGAUGAGCCGCUGGUCAUAGGCCGGCAGCACCAGUCCAAGGAGUUCGAGGCACUCCUUUCCAAGGCUCCUAUGUGCAUGAGCUUCAUCUCGAGGGCCCACGUGCAGAUGGAGGUGCAGCGCGGCGCUUUGCUGGCCACCAACAUCAGCACCAACCCCGUCUACGUGGACGGAGAGCCAUUGUCGAAGGGCGAGUCGAGACGACUUCAGCCCUAUCAGGUAAUUAGUUUUGCGCGGCUGGAAGGGAGCACCCACGUGCUCUUCAUCUCCUUCGAGGCGCAUCCCUUGGAUCGAUCUGCGGCAAAGACAAAGGCUGUCAAGUGAAGGCGGACUUUUCAAAGAAAAUGUCUCCGGGGCCACUGGGGGAUUGGCCCAAGC